GUUAGGUAGCCGUACGAAGGGUUGUUAUGAAAGCGAGAACGGAUACCUUUUGCUGUUCUUUUUGGAACCACUCUUUGAUUUAUUGGUGAGUGAGAAGGGUAGUAUUGGCUUAUGAGGAUCACUGGACUUGCUUCCCUUUGGAAUCAGACGGUAUGAAGAAAGGUGUAAUUGCCAAGACUCCAAAGCAAGCUUUGACACGUAGCUGUAGCAAGCAAACUGAUCUUUCUGCAUGGAAAGCGAGUGCCUUGCAGAUGACUGGUCGCAGAAAUGAGCAGAAACUUAGCAAGGAUAAGCAACAAACUACCAGUGAAAAUGCUGAUCCCAAACAAGAUUCACUUGAAGAAGCUCUGAGCUAUUUAAAGAAAGCUAAAGAGCGCACUCCUCUGAAGAAUGAAGUUCUGCAGAAACACUUGGUGACUGUGGAAAAGAUUGCCCAAGAGAAAGGCUUGGCACCAGAAGAACUUGACUUCUUGCUGAACAUAGCACUCAGUGGCAAGUUUGCUGAAGUGGUAAGCACACGACUGUUGAAGAACUUGGUUCCCACAUCAGCGAUAACAGCAGAUUCUGUCACUUCAGCGGUGUCUUGGCUCUGCGUUGGCAAGUGUUCUCGUACCACCCAGAUGUUAUUUUUAAAAUGGCUAAUUGCAAUGUUUGACUUCAUUGAGCAAAAGGAGCAGGUUAAUGCCCUGUAUGGAUUCUUCUUCAGCCUCCUACAAGAUGAGAAACUGUUUCCCUUUGCCUGUCAUGUGCUAUAUUUGAUAACCAGAAAAAAGAAUGUGAAACCUUUCCGUGUGAGAAAACUCCUAGACCUGCAGGCCAAGAUGGGAGCAGAGCCUCCUCUACAGGCUCUUCUUCUGCUGUAUAAGAAUUUCAGUCCUGAAAUGGUAUCUAUAACUUUGCCCACAAAGACAAAGAUACAGUUCAAGAACUCAGAGAACCCGUGGAAAAUGGCCAUCAGCAACAUAAAACGGCGACUCUGUGGAGCACCACCUGCAUCCCAGCCAAGUCUAAUCAACACAGCUUGUCCCCAGACCCGGAAGAGGAAGUGGAAUAACAAGUUGGUCUUGCCUGCAUGCAGUGUCCAGUCCAGCUGCUCUGCUGUGAGCCAAAGGACACACCAUAUUGAUCUCAUUGUCCAUAGUGAUGCCUUCCCAGUGGAGCAGCUACAGACCUUCCCCCAGCUUCUAGAGAACAUCCACUGUUUAGAACUUCCUUCCCGGAUAGGCUCUGUGCUAGCAAAUCCUCUUUUGCUGCACUAUGUUAACUGUGUUUCAGAUGACUCUGUCUACCGAAGGAUGUACUACUGGAUGGGCCAGACGCUUAGAGAAGAAUGUCCUUGGCAUAAAUUUGAGAACCAGCCGUUUGAAUUGGAAUUCAAGGACUUCUUGAGGAAAAUCUUUGAAGCAGAAUGUUUUUUGCAGGAGGGCUUCUCAUCCUGUGAAGAAUUCUUGUACAGGAGCCUCCCGUUCUGGGAUGGCUACUCCUGUCGGUCUCAGGUCCUGCAACUGGUGACCUGGAUCCCUCUCAGCACCUUCUCAGAAAUGAAGUCCUAUCUCUUCAAGCCCCUGGCACAACUUUUUUUCACAUCAUCCCUUUAUUUUAAGUGCAGUGUUUUUGAAAGCUUGAGGGAGAUGUUACUGAACUGGCUGAAUUGGCACCUCAUGCAAACAGAUACAACAACAAAGUUGAAUGCUGAUCUCUUGAACACCACCCUUUCUGGCUUGGUGAGCUCUGUGGCAGAUCUCAUCCACUUCGUUGGCUGGCUCUCGACUGUUGCCCUGAGCUUGGAGAACAACUCUGCUUUCUUGAUGCACUUCAUCCUGGAUUUCUAUGAGAUAGUGAGUGACGUGUAUCUGAAGUAUAACCUCCCCUUAGUUGUGAUGCCUCCUGCUGGAGUCUUCUAUACGGCUCUGCUUAGCAUGGAUUCUGUCUGUCUGGACCACCUCUGCUAUAUUAUGCACAGAUACCGAGCCAACUUGAUAUCUGCAAAACAAAAUCUACAGGCUAAAAAGACAGUACUACAGUUCAAGUUCAGCAGCCAGACUUGCCAAGAAUAUAACCAGUACAUAACAGCCAUGGUUGGGUGCUUGUGGACCUCAAAUGUGUUCCAGAAGGAUUUCCACCAUCAAGGUAUUCACAUGGAUCCAGAAGUGCUAGAGAAGACCAGAGUGAAGGGAUACAGGAAGAGCUUCAACAUUGUUUAUCACCCUGCCCUGACAGGCUAUGCUAUGCUCUUCCUACAGGAGGCACAACCAGAAGACAAAACUCCAAACUUCCAAUUAAUUCAGGGGAGACGGUGGGAGUGGUACCUGGAAUAUCUCUACUCCCAAGAGUUACGAGGCCUGAAACUCUUCAUUGAAAGUAGCAUUCACCGCGCUUCCCAGCGCUCUCAAACACAAACAAGCAAGUGAAUGGGCACAAUAGACUACAGACUCUUCUGGCUACUCAAGCUCAAAUAAGGGAUGCUGCUGGACUCUUGCUUUGAGGAAGAGGGUACUGCUGUCCCACUCAACUACCCAAGGAUAGGAGAGCAAAAAUUGCCGGCCAGGAUGCCUCAGAGGUCCUUGCCAAGCUGAGCCUGAGCCUCACUGAGCAUUCCAUCCCCUGAGAAAGGGCUAAAUAAAAACGUCUCUGCUUGAGAUAGAAGCAGCGGUAGCCCCAUGACUUCUGCCUUCUCUCCGCUGGAGGGGGAGAGAGAAAAAUGGUUGUUGUAAUGAACCGAGACAGAGACACAGGGGUUGCAGUCAAAUUCAUAAGAUUUCUCAGGGUUGAGACACUGCUUGACCUCACUAACACAACUGGUGGCAUCGUUCUAAGGCAGCUGGAACACCUUGGUGGUGCUGAAAUGCCUGCUUUAUUUGAUGUCACAAAGCCCCUGGGGCUGUUGAAACGUCUAAUAUUUUUCUUCUGUGCUUGUAACUAUGUACAUAAAUGUAUAGAAGAUAUUUA